AUGGAGCUCCCGGAGACGAUCGAAGAGUUCCUGGAGCACGGCGCCGCGACGUGCGUCGCCUUCAAUCGACGGGGCGCGCUCCUGGCGGCCGGAUCGGAAGACGGCCAGUUGGUCAUUUGGGACUUUGAGACCUACAGCGUGGCAAAAGUGAUAAAGGCACACAGCAAGACGGUCACAGGGGUGUGCUGGUCUCGGGAUGGCCGCUACAUCGUCACCUCAUCGCUGGACCAGACCGUCACCCUGUGGAACGUGCUGUCGUCAGAAAAGGAAGGCUCCAUGACACUGGAGUCUGCUGUCGUGAGUGUGGCAGCGAGCCGCUUGGAGCCAGGGAGGUGCCUGGUGACUAUGGCAGUGGGGCCACCACUGCUGCUGGAUCUGAAGCAUGGAACAAGACAACCAUUAGAGCCACUCCUUGGUGAGAGCGAAGUGGGCAGGUACCCCAGCUCCGAAGGCAUGACUAACAUUGCGAUCUUUGACAAGAGCUGCACACGCAUCAUCGUGGCCCAUCCCAAAGGCUACGUGUAUGUCCUGUCCACGGACACUCUCAAGAUCCUGGACAUCGUUAAGGUUCCAGCCACCAGCCGUGUGCUGGGGCUGCACUUGAACCGAAAGGGAAAUCUGUUGCUUGCAAACUGCGACCGAUGUAUCCGGAUGUUUGAUGUACUGGGCAGGCUCGAAGCUUGGGAGCCGGGCUUUGAUGGAUAUGAACCACAAGAGGCCAUCAUCAAGGCCUCUAAGGAGUUUCCCCGGUCGGGUUCAUUAUUCUGGGGUGAGAAAGGUGCCCUGCGAAUGCUGCCCAGUGACUUCAAGGACCCGGUGGAGCAGCUGUCAUGGCACUCUGUGUGCUUUGCCACAGACAACGAGUAUGUGGUGGGGGCAGCGCAGAAGAGCAACGAGCACAACCUAUACAUAUGGAACCAGGUCACUCGCAAAUUGGAAAGAAUAUUGCGAGGCCCAAAGGAGGGAAUCCUGGAUAUAACAUGGCAUCCCAUGCGCUCCAUUCUUGUGUCAGUGUCUGCUGAUGGCAAGAUCUACAUCUGGGCCAAGAUCUAUUACGAGAACUGGAGUGCAUUUGCACCAGAUUUCCAGGAACUUGAGGAGAACCAGGAGUAUGUGGAACGCGAAACGGAGUUUGACCUUAAUGAAGAGGUGCGACCAGCCAAGCAACGACGGGUGGAGGUGAGCUCCGACGAUGAGGACGAAUCGAUAGACGUGUUUACGAUUGAGGAGGUCUCGGUGUUCAGCAGCGAUGGCGAAAUCGAGGCUCCACUGCAUCACCUGCCUGUGGUGAUCGUGCCCCAAGAUAGGGAGGCCGACAGCGAUGCAGCAGGGAAGAGGCGGCAGCCGCCCAAGCCGAUGCUUCCGGAAAAUGUUCCCCGGGGCCCCACAAGGGACAGAGUGGUCGCCGUGAUGGAUGAUCCCAUAGAGCCUGACCCUGGCGACGGGGAGCCUCGUGGCCGCAUGCGGAAGCCCAAGUGGAACAACGACUUCGUGGACUUGGACGUCCACAUGGGAAACAGGAGGCGCUCGGCCAAAGGGGGCGGAGGCGGGGGCGGGGCCAGGCGGUCGCACAGAGGGUUGGGAUGA